AUGGUGGCAAGGUGCGCGCACGCCGACGCCGGUGGGUUCCGCAUCUGGCCGAUCUUCUCCGCCGCCGCGCUGCGGAGGAAGGUGCUCGAGGUUCUCACGUGCGGCGGCGGUGCCGGCGGCGGCGAUGGAGGAGGCGGUUCCUCCUGCCGUGGACGGACGGCGUACCGGUCGCCUCAGCGGAUGCCGAGGCCGAGGCCGCGGUCGGACAGGCUCGCGGAGCUGCUCAGGGCCGAGGAGCCGUCCGAGUGCAGCGACGAGGCUGAGGCCGAGGCGGCGGCGGACGCGGCGGCCAGGAAGGUGGAGGCGUUCGAGGAGCUGAAGGGCGUGGUCGGGGCGCUCCAGGACGGUGGCGAAGGCGGCGGCGAUUGCAUGUCCCGCGUCGAGGCGGCCAAGGCCGUGCGGAGGAAGGCCAAGGACGACGCCGGCGCCAGGGAGAUGGUCGCGAUGCUCGGCGCCAUCCCGCCGCUCGUCGCGAUGGUCGACGAGGGAGGCGACGCCGCGGAGGAUAUCACGACCGCUGCUCUGUACGCGCUGCUGAACUUGGGGAUCGGCAAUGACACAGCUAUUUGCAUGAUUGUUAGGAACAAGGCGGCGAUCGUGCAAGCCGGAGCCGUGCACAAGAUGCUCCGCAUUGCGGAGGGCGGCGGCGCGUCCGGCGCGCUAACGGAGGCCGUGGUCGCCAACUUCCUCUGCCUCAGCGCACUCGACGCCAACAAGCCCGUCAUCGGCGCGUCCGGCGCCGCGCCCUUCCUCGUGCGCGCAUUCCAGGCCGCCGCGUGCUGCUCCACCGAGCAGGCGCGCCACGACGCGCUGCGCGCGCUCCUGAACCUCUCCAUCGCGCCCGCCAACGCGCCGCACCUGCUGGCGGCCGGGCUCGCACCGGCGCUGGUGGCGGCCGUGGGGGACGCCGCCCCCGUGACGGACCGCGCGCUCGCCGUGCUCUGCAACCUCGUGGCGGACUGCCCCGAGGGCCGCCGCGCCGUGAGCCGCGCCCCCGACGCGGUGCCGUCCCUCGUCGACGUGCUCAACUGGGCCGACGAGCCCGGGUGCCAGGAGAAGGCAGCCUACGUGCUCAUGGUCCUGGCGCACCGGAGCUACGGUGACCGCGCGGCCAUGGUCGAGGCCGGCGCCUCGUCCGCGCUCCUGGAGCUCACGCUCGUGGGCACGGCACUCGCGCAGAAGCGCGCGUCCAGGAUCCUGGAGAUCCUCCGCGCCGACAAGGGCAAGCAGGUCGCGGACGACGCCUCAGGCGUCGUGGCGACGGUGUCGGCGCCGCAGGAGCGCAGGUGCCGCGGGGAGGAGGAGUCGGUGGACGGGGAGUUCGCCGACGCCGGCAUGAGCGCGGAGAAGCGCGCCGUGCGGCAGCUGGUUCAGCAGAGCCUGCAGAGCAACAUGCGCCGCCUCGUCCGGCGCGCGCGGCUUCCGCAGGACUUCGCUCCGGCAUCGACCGAGAGCCUCAAGGCGCUCACUGCCUCCUCCACCUCCAAGAGCCUGCCGUUCUAG